UACAAGACUCCAUGAAAUUUCAACAUAUAUGGAAGCCAUGUGUAAAGCGCUUCACACUCAGCGUCUCAGUAACUGACCAGCGCGAGGGAAAGAAAGAAAGAUUCCCUCUUUUCUUGGAGAGAAAUGGGGUCAAUAGCGAAGAGAGGCUUGCAGCAGUACCUGCUACAGCUCCAGCAACAUCCUCUCAGAACAAAGGCAAUAACUGCUGGAGUGCUGUCAGCAAUCAGUGAUAUAGUGGCCCAGAAGAUCACUGGCAUUCAGAAGCUUCAAAUCAAACGUUUGAUUCUCAAAGUGGUUUUUGGUUUUGCACAUCUUGGACCAUUUGGGCAUUUUCUUCAUAUAUUGCUGGACAAAAUUUUCAAGGGCAAAAAGGAUACUAAAACGGUUGCUAAGAAGGUGGUGCUGGAACAAGUGACAUCGUCCCCUUGGAACAACUUGCUUUUCAUGCUAUACUACGGGUUAGUUAUCGAGGGAAGACCGUGGGUCCAAGUGAAAUCUAACAUUGCAAGAGAGUAUCCGAAAGUCCAGUAUACAGCAUGGACGUUCUGGCCGGUCGUGGGAUGGGUGAACCACCAGUACAUACCACUCCAGUUCCGAGUUAUCUUUCAUAGCGUCAUUGCCUGCGGUUGGGGGAUAUUUUUGAACCUGCGUGCGAGGACAAUGGCAAUCAAGAAAGCUUAAGCGUACCCGAGAAAAGCACACCUGGCUACCCGUCUCCUAUAUAUGUAAGUUCAGUAGCAUUGGAUAUCGUCGUAGCGUGUGAUCUGUUGCUAGCGAUAACAUUUGUACUAUACGCGUUAUAUGUUACAUAUCUAUUCGGUUUGAUGGUAGUGAAAACAUUGUAUUUGAUGAGAUUAUGGUUAAAUGAUUCAUGCUUUUCAGUUGAAAUGAAAUCCUUUAUUAUGGCCUAA